AUCUAACCAAACAAUCUUGAAUCCGCGAAUCGUGUUCAUUCUAGAAGUUCCAAAUAAUGAUGUGGAAAAUUCCGUUUUGCGAUUGGCAGAUGUUUCGAGAACGUAUCGAUCCAUCCUAUCAGCGGUCUCGGCUAUAUAAAGCCGCCUCUUAACAGAACCCGGCAAGUUUGCUUUAAAACGUUUGAGAGUUUAAAUCGAGUGCCAAGCGAAGUGCGAAGUGUUUUGAUUAUUGAAAUUUGAAGUUAAGAAUGUCUAUAUUACCAUAUUUGUUGGGUGAAUCCUUAUUGGGACGCUCGUAUCAUCAUACACGUCCAUCAAGAAUCUUUGACCAACAUUUUGGGACUGUGUUGGAUACAGAUGAUCUUUUGCAACCAAUUGAUGUUCCAAGAGCAUUAUUACGAUGCCCUGCUGGAUAUAUCAGAAAUUGGAGAUCUUCAGCUUCUGAACAAGAUUCGGGAUCCACAGUUACUUAUGGAAAAGAUCAAUUUCAAGCAAACUUAGAUGUCCAACAGUUCAAACCAGAGGAAAUUACUGUAAAGUUAACGGGAGAAAAUACUGUUACUAUUGAAGGAAAACAUGAAGAAAAGGAAGAUGAACAUGGACAUGUCUACAGACAUUUUAUUAGAAGGUACACAUUGCCUAAGCAUUACGAUACCAACCAAAUUGAGUCUAAAUUAUCAUCAGAUGGCGUUCUUUCAAUUACUGCUCCCAGAACUGAAGCCAUCCAAGAAAGCAAGAACAUUCCGAUUACACAAACUGGAGAAGCUGUAAAAGCUGUGGAGAAAAAGAACGAAGGAGAACAGAAGUAA